AUAAACAGGUAGUGGGCACAACCGCGAAGACCUCAGAACCAUGCUACUGACUUUAAAGUCAACUUGGAUGAGCCAUAGGCCAAACACAGCUCAACAACCCACCGAGUCACUGAGCCACUUCCGAAUCGGAACCAGCUUAACAGUCAACGAUUCAACAAGCCAACAAAAAUCAUCCAUCAUCAAACGCCAACCACAGAGCUCCGCCAUAUCUCUCUCUUCUGCUUCCCCCCUUUCCAACCGCUCAAAAAUGGAGGAAGAAAAAAACCGCCGGUAUUAUUGGGGAGACACUCCAGAGGAAGAGUAUUACAGCAACCAUGGCAUCAAAUCCACCAAGUCUUUCUACACCUCUCCCAGAGGCCCGACUCUCUUCACCAGAUCAUGGCUGCCACUGCGCACCCCACCACGUGGCCUCAUCUUUAUGGUCCAUGGCUAUGGUAACGACAUUAGCUGGACCUUCCAAGCCACGCCAAUCUUCUUGGCCCAAAAUGGUUUUGCUUGCUUUGCACUUGACCUCCAAGGCCACGGCCAAUCGGAAGGCCUCAAAGCCUUCGUCCCGAACGUCGACAUCGUUGUCGACGACUGCCUCGCGUUCUUCAACUCCGUCACCGCCCAAAACCCCCAAUUCCGGCACCUCCCAGCGUUCCUGUACGGCGAGUCGAUGGGCGGCGCAAUUUGCCUGCUGAUCCACUCGAACCCUAAUUCCUUCAAGGGCGCAAUCCUGAUCGCUCCGAUGUGUAAAAUCUCUGACAAAGUCAGGCCUUCAUGGCCGAUUCCUGAAAUUCUGACUUUCGUUGCGAAAUUUGCCCCCACUGCACCAAUCGUGCCGACAGUCGAUCUUCUCGAUAAGUCCGUCAAGGUGCCGGCGAAGAAAGUGAUUGCCGGGAUGAAUCCGAUGAGGUAUCGGGGUAAACCAAGAUUAGGCACUGUGGCUGAGCUUCUCCGAGUCACUGAUUACGUGAGCAAUCGGCUCGGCGAUGUGAAUCUUCCGUUCAUUGUAUUACAUGGAAGUGGAGACGUCGUGACCGAUCCAGACGUGAGCAGAGAGUUGUAUGAUCAGGCGAGAAGCAGGGACAAGACCCUGAAGAUCUACGAUGGAAUGAUGCAUUCGCUAUUGUUCGGGGAGACCGAUGAGAAUGUUGAGAUUGUUCGAGAAGAUAUAUUGUCAUGGUUGAAAGAUAGGUGUUGAAUGCUAAUCAAUAUGAUUGCUGGAAGCAAAACAUUGAAAUUUGAAUAGAUCUGUUGUUGAUUAUGAUAUCAAUUUUUAAUAUGAACUGUAAUUACUCCAUGAAAAUGGAUGGAUUGCUACGACUGCGAUGCAUAAUUUCCACUGGGCAUAAACUGUUUGAUGAAAGUCCUCAAGAGGAAGAACUCUUCUUUGCAUAA